CGAAACCAGGGGAUGAUGGCAGCCAGGCCAUCACCCCAAAUCCUGCAGCCCCCCAGCUGGGAGCACCCAGGGGCAGCCUGCCUUUGUUCCUGCCUUCCUCCUGCUUGCUAACUGCAGUUUGUUUGUGCUUUUCAGGUGCUGGGGAGUCUGGCAAAAGCACCAUCGUGAAGCAGAUGAAGAUUAUUCACGAGGACGGCUACUCGGAGGAAGAAUGCAAACAAUAUAAAGUGGUUGUCUACAGCAAUACUAUCCAGUCCAUCAUUGCCAUCAUAAGAGCCAUGGGAAGGUUAAAGAUAGACUUUGGGGAAGUUGCCAGAGCAGAUGAUGCCCGCCAGCUGUUCGUGUUGGCUGGAAGUGCAGAGGAGGGGGUGAUGACGGCCGAGCUGGCUGGAGUGAUCAAGAGGCUGUGGCGGGAUGCUGGGGUGCAGGCCUGCUUCAGCAGAUCCAGGGAGUACCAGCUGAACGACUCUGCCUCCUAUUACCUGAACGACUUGGAUAGAAUAUCCCAGCCGACCUACAUUCCCACUCAGCAGGAUGUGCUGCGCACCAGGGUGAAAACGACGGGCAUUGUGGAGACACACUUCACCUUCAAGGACCUCUACUUCAAGAUGUUUGAUGUCGGCGGGCAGCGGUCGGAGCGGAAGAAAUGGAUCCACUGCUUUGAAGGUGUCACUGCAAUCAUCUUCUGUGUGGCCCUCAGCGAUUAUGACCUCGUCUUGGCCGAGGAUGAAGAAAUGAACCGGAUGCACGAGAGCAUGAAACUGUUUGACAGCAUCUGUAACAACAAAUGGUUCACAGACACGUCCAUCAUUCUUUUCCUGAACAAGAAGGACCUGUUUGAGGAGAAGAUUAAGAAGAGCCCACUAACGAUCUGCUACCCAGAGUACACAGGCUCCAACACGUACGAGGAGGCGGCUGCCUACAUCCAGUGUCAGUUUGAGGACCUGAACAGGAGGAAAGACACCAAGGAGAUCUACACGCACUUCACCUGCGCCACCGACACCAAGAACGUGCAGUUCGUGUUUGACGCCGUGACAGACGUCAUCAUUAAGAACAACCUGAAGGAGUGUGGGCUCUACUGAAGUUCUUAGGAGCACCCUUGGGAGAAGCAGACUUUGCUGCCUCGUGGGGACAGCGGCAUGAGCGGGACCAGGGGGCUGAAAGCAGCAUGCAGAAUCGUCGCGUUCUUUAGCACAACCUUCUGUAUUAGGGACCUUUGAAUUGAUAGGGGGUGUUGAGGUUGGGUCAGGGCAGAACAGCCCUCGUGGGACUCUGCGUCGCCCUGACGUCGUCUGGAUGGCGUGACCCAAACGUGUACAGCUGUUGUGGAGUUGAGGUGCUGGGUUCCAGGCCUUCCAUAUGUAGCUUUCUCUCUUUCUUUGGUUACCAAACCACCACUAGUCUGUUUUUAAGGUGUUUUGUUUCGUUAUUUUUUUCCAUGGAGAAAACUAUAACUUUACUAAACUGUCUUUCUUUCUUGGCAAAAGAUUCUUGUUUUAAAAAUAAAACCAACAGAAACUAUCACUGAUCUAUGCACACGUGAGCAGAUCGUGCCCGAAGCAUUCCUCUUAGCAGGAACUCUCUGUUUUUAACACUCGCUGUGGUCAGAACUCGGUAUCUCUGCCAUGUCUCACGGGCCGCAGCGUGGGCCCGUUGUGCUGUGAGGUGUUACCCCGCUCUGCGUGGCUUUGGCCACGUGUUGGUGGCACGCAGUGAGGGCAGGAGCAGUGCUGAUGGGUGAGCAGUGCUCGUGGUGAACCCACUGAGCUCUGCGCUGCUGGAGGCCGUGUGCUGCGCCGCAGCCUUUGUGCCCAGCGCUCUGUUUUUGGCAGUUUGGUGGAGGGCACGCCGUGUUCUGCAUUUACCACGGCCUUUCUGUGCAGGGUCUGUAUGGACAGCAUGCCUUUACUCUGUAUAUGUGGUGCCAAAUCCCCCUUUGCCAUCGUUUUCCCCGUAGUAAGGUUCAUACCCCCAUCAGUCCAUUUGCUGAACCAUCACCUCGGGGCUCUUUCUCCCGGGUUGUCGUUGUGUACAGUUCUGAUCUGUUGUAGCUGUUGGCAGUAUUAAAAUGGUGAGUGAA